AUGGCGGUUGUAAGUGAUUGUAAUUUUCUCUCUCUAAUAAAUGAGGGUAGGAAGGGGGCGAGGCCCAAGACUAAAAUAGUGUGCACAUUGGGACCGGCUUCGAGAUCGGUGGAGAUAAUAGAGAAGUUGUUGAAAACCGGAAUGAAUGUUGCUCGAUUCAACUUCUCACAUGGCUCUCACUCCUACCACCUAGAGACUCUCAAUAACCUCCGUAUUGCCAUGAAUAACACCGGCAUACUCUGUGCUGUCAUGUUGGACACCAAGGGUCCGGAGAUUCGAACGGGAUUUCUGAAGGAUGGAAAACCCAUUCAACUGAGGCAGGGGGAAGAAAUCACCAUCUCCACAGAUUACAGCAUAAAGGGUGAUGAUAAGCUCAUAUGUAUGAGCUACAAGAAGCUGGCUGAGGAUUUGAAGCCACAGAGUGUGAUUUUGUGUUCUGAUGGGACUAUUUCACUCACAGUUCUCUCUUGUGAUAAGGAAUUGGGCUUGGUGCGGUGUCGUUGUGACAACUCUGCAUUGCUUGGUGAGAGAAAGAAUGUCAAUCUUCCAGGAGUUAUCGUGGAUCUCCCAACCUUGACUGAGAAAGAUAAAGAUGAUAUCUUGAAUUGGGGAAUACCCAAUAAGAUUGACAUUAUUGCUUUGUCCUUUGUUCGCAAAGGUUCAGACCUUGUGGAGGCCCGAAAGUUACUCGGAGAUCAUGCCAAGACUAUCAUCCUCAUGUCAAAGGUUGAAAAUCAAGAAGGGGUGUCUAAUUUUGACGAAAUCCUUGCAAACUCGGAUGCUUUUAUGGUGGCACGAGGUGAUUUGGGAAUGGAGAUUCCGAUUGAGAAGAUAUUUCUAGCACAGAAAGUGAUGAUAAACAAGUGCAAUAUUCAAGGAAAACCCGUGGUGACUGCGACACAGAUGUUGGAGUCCAUGAUCACUUCUCCAAGGCCUACUCGAGCUGAAGCCACAGAUGUUGCCAAUGCCGUUCUUGAUGGUACAGACUGUGUGAUGCUCAGUGGUGAAACUGCUGCUGGUGCCUACCCUGAAAUCGCUGUUCAGACCAUGGCGAAGAUUUGCAUUGAAGCAGAGGAUUCAUUGGAUUAUAAGAAUCUUUUCAGGAAGAUUUUGGCAGCUGCACCAGUGCCCAUGAGCCCAUUAGAGACACUGGCUUCUGCAGCAGUGCAGACGGCAUAUACCUCUCAAGCAGCUCUUAUUUUGGUCCUAACCAAAGGUGGAACCACGGCAAAGCUUCUGUCUAAGUACAGACCAAGUGUGCCCAUUAUUUCAUUAGUGAUGUCUGAUACUACAAUAGAUUCGUGUGAUGAAGCUCCUGCAAAACACAGCCUUAUUUUUCGAGGCAUUAAGUCUAUUUUGAGCAGAGAUUUGCAAUCCGAAGAAAAAGCUUUGGAUUUUGCUAUUCAAUAUGCAAAGGCUGAACACCUUUGCAAAUCAGGAGACUCAAUUGUGGCGCUGCACGGUCCUGGAACUAAUGCUGUGAUUAAAAUUUUGACAGUGUGAGAUAGUUUUUUAUGGCCUAUUUCUGGGAAUUUUUUAUAGGAGAUACAUGUUUUUGUGAUGCAAUUUACUCUUUAAAUAAGAUAUAUAAUUUUUUUUAGUUGACUGACUUUAUGAGUAAUUGAGUGCCGUAGUAGAGUCAUAUGGUUGGUGCUCAUUCAGCUAUUAAACUUCUAAUUUCUUGUUUUUUUUUUUCCUAAG